AUGCCCCCCAGAGCUCCGCAGGUGCCGCACGCCGCCUUCGUCGAAGAGUACGAUGAGGACGCCAAUGUUGCCCUCCCGGAAACUCGCCAAGUUGCCAACGUCGCCGCAAAACGCUCAAAGUCGGAGCUGAGACCGGCGGAGCUGGCUUUGGAUCUUGCCAGCGAUUCGGGAUACUCGAGCCGUACCGCUGCCACCGUCAACAGCGGCUACCAGUCUCCUCCGAGUGGACGACGCAGUCCGGCUGCCUUGAAAUUGGAUACGACCCCGAGGGCGGCCAGCACCGAAAAGCAUCGAGAGAGCCGGAAGGACAAAGGGAAAGAACGGGCCGACAAGCGCACGUCCGCCGACGCGAUGCAGUUCGACGCCAUGCGCAAUUCCAGCCGCAUGGCUUCCUCUCCCAGGUCCUCGUCCAAGGCCCGAAGGCGCGAUAGCGCCAGCAUUCGACAUCCGUCGGGAUGCUGGGAAUGCGAUCAGGGCCUCUAUCAUCCAUCAACCUCGAUGGAGCCACGGCCGAUGGACUACCCCCCGUACUACUAUCCCCAACCUCCUCCUCCUCCUCCUCCUCCCGUCCAUGACAUCCCGUCCUCUCCCAAGUCGGCUCGGUACCCGUAUCCCUAUGGACAGGAUGUCCACGUUUCUCAAGGAGCUCAUGCACAACGCCGCAUGAGUCGUUCCUACCAUGAUAAUGGCCGACCUCUCAGUUUCCAUGGACCUUUGCCAGAUGCGAUGUACAACUCGAUGCCAAUGAGCCCUUAUGAACACGGUCCUCCGCCGUCCGCCUCCGCGUUCGCCAAUCUACCUUCUUACCCCCAGCCACCAUAUCCUCCUCAGCACCCCCAGUACUACCACGACCCAGGGCCGGGACCCCAGCCCAUCUAUGAGCGGCCCCGGGCGUCAUCCAAGUCGCGACACAAAGAACGGAGCCGCAGGGGUUCGGUCUACGGGCCGCCGGUCGUCGAAUAUACCCCUCCAUCUUCAGUUUAUGAUGGAGGGGCCCCCCUGGAGCGAAGGUCCUCCAGGGAGCACCGAUCUCGGCCUCCUUCCCAGUCUCUUGAGCUGGACGAGGACUACUAUCGCAUGCCGCCGCCGCCACCACCCCCCGUUCCGAAGCCGAAGUCGAAGCCCCCGCUCCAAAUCAUCCAGCCUCGCAAGGCUCCAUCGACUACUGGUGGUGGUCGUCGUCCCUCUCAGUCUUCUUUUGACAUGUCCGACUUGGAAGCCGCACUCCCGGAUCGGGUUAUCCGAAAGUUCCCGGAUUCUCGAGAGACCCUGGUCCCCGAACGCAGCCAGAGUCUGAAGAAGAGCCGGAGGAUGUCUGCCUACCAUGAAUCGGAACGACCAGCCCGAAUUGCCAUCGAAGACUCUCGUCGCCGUCGCGUGUCGUAUUACGACGACUAUGACGACGAUGACGACGAUGAUGAUGAUGACGAUGAGGCUGAUACCGAUCACGAACGGAGUGACCUGAAGAAUGACCUGGAACAGAAGCAUCGAAACGCAGAGGAGUACCAGGCUGCCCGGUCUGGCAGCAAGACGGUCCCUCUCACCGCCGAUGCGUUGUUCAAGGCCAAGAUGUCUCAACGUCCGGAGAGUGACAGUGGCAGUCAGAAAAGCCGCUCGAACAGCAGCCGGGGCAGCGAUGCCCGCACUCGCGAUGGCAGUGGAGUGGGCUCGAAGUAUGACGAUGACGGCGGUAUCACCAUGACCAUGAAUGGGCUCACGAUGAGCUUCACCCAAGAGGCGAUCGGAGGCAAGAAAAUCCACCUGCGAACCGGGGAGGAAGGUGCGAUGCAACUGAAUAUUGAGGGGGCGCGGCGACCUCGAAAGUAUCUCAUGCCCGCGCAAUCCGACUAUUCUAGUGUCAGUGGAAGGAGGGAACAUGAAGAUGUCCGCCGCACUCGAGACGAACGCCGCUCUGAUCGUGCCAGUAGGCGUUCGAGCCGCUCCACUUUUAGCGGCCGAGGCUAUGAUUGA